GUCAUCAUUAAUCAUUAUUUUGUCAAAAAAUACAAAUGCAACAUAUUUUUGGUUUUUAUUAUUUUUUGAGAAAAAAUUAAUGACUUCGCCGCGUAUACGUGUUUAAUUUUUAUAAACUGACAACGCAGAGUUAAAACUCCAUCCGUGCGUCCCUGUGUCGACGCACUCUUUUUGUUAAUAUCUUGACGUCAGUUAUGUUAUUUGUUAAGUUUGUCAAGUUUAGAAGACAAUAGCAGUAUACAACGACGUGUUCCUUUUCCAUAAGUCGAAUUUUUGUUGUAUUAAGAUUAUUAGCUUAUUUAAAAGCAUGUGAUUACACUGAAUAAACCACAAGCCCGUAGUAUGUGUUAGUUCCUUACUAAGUUAAUAAUGGAGGCUCAAAAUCCGGAUGAAACUAAUUUAAACCUUCUUACAUCCAAGCCAGUGUCUGAAAAUCCCCUCGAAAUCAAAGCGUACAAACGAAGAUGGAUCAUUUUAACGAUUUUUAUAUCAUACGCAGCCCUAAAUUCUUAUCAAUGGCCAGAAUAUUCAAUUAUCAACAAUAUAGUGACAAAAUAUUAUAAUGUAAGUGCUGUGACAGUAGACUGGACAUCGAUUAUUUACAUGGCUUUAUAUGCACCUUUAGUAAUCCCCGCUUCUUACAUUCUGGACAAAAAGGGUUUACGUGUUGUUGGUUUAAUUGGUGGAUUAGGUACUGCCAUUGGUACUGGAAUUAAAGUCUUUUCUACAAGCCGAGAUUCAUUUUGGGUGGUACUCUUAGGACAAGGAAUUUGUUCUGCUUCUCAACUGAUGAUUUUGUGUUUACCACCAAGAAUAGCAGCUGUUUGGUUCAAACCCAGUGAAGUAUCAACUGCCUGUUCUUUGGGUGUAUUUGGAACGCAGGUUGGGUGUGCUCUUGGGUUUUUGUUACCACCUAUUAUCGUAAAAAACCAUGAAAACGUUGAAGACGUUGGGUAUGAUUUUAAAGUGCUUUGCUGGUCCCUCACUGUUUUCAUGAUACUUCCAGCGCUUGCCGUUUUGUUUUAUUUUCCUGUACAACCACCUCAUCCACCAAGUAUCAAUCAAGUUGAAGAGAGAAGCCGGACGGAAGAAUUUUCAACGAAGUCAUUUUUUGAAUCCAUACUGGAUUUAGCAACGAAUGUACCUUUUGUCAUUCAUGUUGUGGCUUAUGGUAUCAACAUUGGUGUUUUUUCAGCUAUAGGAACCCUGUUGAAUCAGUUAAUAUUACAAUAUUUUAAACAUCUGCCUGAUGCAGAAGAAUUUGCUGGCAGAACAGGCCUAGUCAUGGUAGUCGUUGGAAUAGUAGGUUCUAUUGUCUUUGGAAUAUUUUUGGAUAAGACACACAAAUAUAAGGAAACAACACUGUUUACAUAUGUCAUGUCUUCAGCAAGCAUUGUUGCAUUUAUGUUUACUUUGGAAAUGCAGUCAAAAGUUUUGGUAUAUAUUGCUGUCGGUAUUGUAGGUUUAUUUACAAAUGCUUAUAUGCCAGUAGGUUUUGAAAUGGCUAUGGAAUUAACUUACCCUUCUUCUGAAGGUACUACAACGGGGCUACUUAUGGCACCGUCUCAGAUUUUAGGAGUUGUUUUUGCUUUAAUGUUAGGAAAACUGAAUUCCAUGAUAGGUCCUUUCUGGUCCUUAGCAACGCAAGCGUUACUAUUAGCAGUAGGUACAAUAAUAACUGGAUUUGUGCCGAAUAAAUUAAAAAGACAAGAAGCUUUCAAAAGGCGCUUAAAUGAUGUUUUACCAACGGAAACAAUAAUAAAAUAAGAACAAAAAUGUA